AUGGCUGCGAAUAAGCCCAAGGGUCAGAAUUCUUUGGCCUUACACAAAGUCAUCAUGGUGGGCAGCGGUGGUGUGGGCAAGUCUGCACUGACUCUGCAGUUCAUGUAUGAUGAGUUUGUGGAGGACUACGAGCCGACCAAGGCCGACAGCUAUCGGAAGAAGGUGGUGCUGGACGGGGAGGAAGUGCAGAUUGACAUCCUGGAUACAGCGGGGCAGGAGGACUACGCGGCCAUUAGGGACAACUACUUCCGCAGCGGCGAGGGCUUCCUCUGUGUCUUCUCCAUUACAGAAAUGGAGUCCUUUGCAGCCACAGCCGACUUCAGGGAGCAGAUUUUAAGAGUAAAAGAAGAUGAGAACGUUCCAUUUCUGCUUGUUGGAAACAAAUCAGAUUUGGAAGAUAAAAGGCAGGUUUCCGUAGAAGAGGCGAAAACCAGAGCCGACCAGUGGAACGUUAACUAUGUGGAAACAUCUGCCAAGACGCGGGCCAAUGUUGACAAGGUAUUUUUUGAUUUAAUGAGGGAAAUUCGGGCCAGAAAGAUGGAAGACAGCAAAGAAAAGAAUGGAAAAAAGAAGAGGAAAAGUUUAGCCAAGAGAAUCAGAGAAAGAUGCUGCAUUUUAUAA